AUGCAACCUACUCCACUUGUUGGAGACAAUGCCCUUCAAUCGCUCACUAAGGAUUUAACUUUUCUACACAAUCGUUUUAGUCAUUUUCCUAGUGACGAUCCCAUUGAAAUUGCACUUCCUAAGGCAAUGUUCCAUUAUGAUGAGGAUGCAAGUGCAUGGUUAAACAAACAAGAUGUGAAGGAAUUUUUAAGAGCCAAUAAAAGCAUACCAACAUCACAGACCAACAUCAUACAGACUUCAUACAGACUGAAGCAAAACAAGCUUGACAAGAUCAACGUUUUAAGGACAGAAGCAGAGGCAAAUGAAAGCAUACCAGGAAAUCAUGAUACGAGCAAGCCACCUGUAUAUGAGGAAUCCCGACAAAAUGUAGAUAUUGAACAGGCAGGCACCAAAAAUCAUACAAUCAGAGAUAAAUCUUCACAAAGGCUGAAGAAGGUUACUACACUAACUCCAGCUGACAAGGAUGAUAAUAAAGUAUCAACAGUUAUUGAAGAUCAAAGGGAAAAAUUGAUACCUGGUGAAGUACAAAUCAUGCAUCAAAUAACAGAAAAAGAUGUCCAAGAGGAAUGCGAUAAUAACUCCUGUAAUCAACAACAGAAGCACCAGGAGCCUAUAAAGAUGGUAAAACAAGAGCCACUCACAGAAGAUGAGUUGUUCUUGAAGUAGAAACUCAUAAAGAGCUUAUCAAAUUCUUGAAUAUUCCUCAAUGAUUCCAGCAAAAUGCAAAUAUCAUAGCAAAUCAACGCAAAA